UGCGAUAACCUAUAAAGUGCUUCGGGAACAUCCUCUGUUCCGCGAAGUUUUGAAAUUUCGAAUUCUCAAACUCUCCAUGGGUACCGACGAAAAUGCGGAUUGUCCGGUAAUAGAAGAGUCACGGAAACCAGAAAUAAUCAAGGAGGGUAGAGCGGAAAUUCUUGUGCACGAAAAGAACGUAUUUUAUAACCCCGUUCAGGAAUUCAACAGGGAUCUUAGCAUAGCGGUGUUGUCUGUUUUUGCAAAACAAAAGCCCCAUACAAAGAAGAAAACUUUGAAACCUAAGGAAACCGAAAUUACACUCGAUGAUACGAUUGAAGAAACGAGUCCAGCGAAUGAGAAUGGAAUCACUGUAUUGGAAGCCUUAUCAGCGACAGGGUUACGGAGCAUCAGGUACGCUAAAGAAGUACCUGGCAUCAAACAGAUUAUUGCCAACGAUAUCUCAAUGAAAGCUGUAGAAAGCAUUAAAAGAAACAUCCAUCAUAAUGGUGUCCAAGAUAUCGUGACUGCAAAUCAUGAAGAUGCUACGAUGCUCAUGUACAGACAUAGGAACAAACGGUUCAAUGCUGUUGACAUUGAUCCGUAUGGAUGUCCAUCAAUUUUUUUAGAUGCAGCUGUUCAAUCAGUUUCCGAUGGUGGUUUACUUUUAAUUACAGCCACCGAUAUGGCUGUUCUUGCUGGAAAUUCACCAGAAACGUGUUAUGUCAAAUACGGCGCUGUUUCAUUGAAAUCAAAAGCUUGCCAUGAAAUAGCACUUCGGAUACUUUUACAACAUAUAGUAUCCCAUGCAGGACGCUAUGGUCGCUAUGUACAUCCAUUACUCUCAAUAAGUGCUGACUUUUACAUACGCGUUUUUGUCAAGGUUUACUCCAGUCAAAGUAAAUGCAAGGAAAACACCAGUAAAUUAGGAAUGUUGUAUCAGUGUGUCGGUUGUGAAACCAUGACGACUCAACCACUAGGCCAGCAAAAAUCUAAUGGUGGAUUUAAACUUCCUGCCGCACCAUCAGUUGAUCGGUUGUGUCCCCACUGUCACCAUAAACACCACAUCGGUGGCCCAAUAUGGUUGGGUCCUUUGCACGAUCAAGCUUUCAUUUCACAACUGCUGUGCAGCUUAAACGAACUGGAUUUGAAUACUUCAAAGAGAAUAGAAGGAGUGCUGAAUGUAAUACACGAAGAAUUAGAUGUUCCACUGUAUUACACAACUGAUCGUUUGAUGUCUAUAGUGAGAUGUCACGUACCCUCCAUGAUGGUCUUCAGAUCAGCGAUACUAAAUGCAGGUUUCUCUGUGUCUUACUCUCAUGCGAAUAGAAAUUCGCUAAAGACAGACGCUCCGAGCCAAGUUAUCUGGGAUAUAGUCAGAGCGUGGGAAAAGGAAAAUCCUGCAAAACGAGACAAGUUUGAAGCAAACAGCCCCGGAUUGGCUAUUUUAACUUCACCGUCAACUACGACAGUUUUCUUUGAUAUACAUCCACUGGCUAAUCCAUUAUCCCGACAGAAACAUCUCUCUCGGUUUCAGGAGAACCCAACUCCCAAUUGGGGUCCUGGCACUAGAUCUACUACAAUGAUCGAUUCGGGUGAAGUACUCUCAAAAAAGAGGAAAAAUCAAAAUAAAAAGCAGAAGAAACAAAGCCUUGACAAGUCCGCAGAAGUGGAAACUGAUGACAAAGGCAGGAUGUCGGAGGGGGUCGAAGCAGGUGAACCACCCGUCAAACAAGCCAGAUAAGAUUCCUGAACAUCUUUUAUUUUUAUUUUUAGCAGAAAAUCAAUAAACCUGUAGGCUUAGUAACGGCUUGUGUUACACCUGGUUUCUAUUUCCAUGGUAACAAAGUGCAUCAUAAAACAUUCAGACAUUCUGAAACGUUAGUCAGGUUACCUAGAUUACUUCGGCCUU